AUUUUUCCAGGCGGUUUCGUAAAAGAUAUCGCCCUGCCAAACGUGGAGUAUCAAGAGGAAUGGGAAAAACAGAAAUUGAAUAAAAGUUACCUCGAAGAAUUGGAAAAGUAUGAGGACGAAGUACUUAAAGAGGGAUUACAAGUUGAAGAGGAAGGUCUUACUGUUCCAAAGUGGAAAAGACAAAGGUCAACAACCAGAAGCUGUUUUGUCUUUUGAAAAAACAGAACCUGUUGUUGCGGACCGAAAUCAAUACGAUACCAAUCCAGAGCUGUCUGAUUUCGAAUUCAAAAGGCAUGACAAGGAUCAAAAUUCUAAUCUUGAUUUUAGACUAGAUCUCGAAGAAAAAUCCAAAGACUGGUCACCAAAAUUAGGAUCAAAGAGCCCUCGGGUACGUCACUCGCACCAAGGCUCCCACGAAUCGACUACCAAAGAUCCAUUUUCAGUGAUAACCCUCGAAGAGAGUGACGUAGAAUCGAGAAAACGUUUACGUCGGCACCAUCGUCGCAGACCAAGCAGAAGACGUCACCACUAUCGACGAGUGAAAAAUCUAGUCCCACGAGAUUUAACUGACCGAGAUAAAGCCGAAGAUAAUAAUAAUAAUAAUAAUAAUAAUAAUAAUAAUAAUAAUAAUAAUAAUAAUAAUAAUAAUAAUAAUAAUAAUAAUAAUAAUAAUAGUAAUAAUAAUCAGAAUAGAAAUAAUAAUGAUAAUGAUAGUAACGAGAAUGUCGAAGAUGAGGACGUGUCAGUUCACAACAGGCGCUUACGUGAUAUCGAAUUCUACAACGAGCACAAAACGAAAUUUGAAGCUCGUGAGCGCCGAGAGACGUCAGGAGACGCAGAAGUCAAAAGCUCGAGGCAGGUCAGAAGACGACGGGCAGCUACUGCCCGUAAAGAACGAGUCUGGGAUCACGGGGUUAUUCCCUACGAAAUAGACGGGAAUUUCUCUGGUGCUCACAAAGCCCUUUUCAAGCAAGCCAUGAGACACUGGGAGAACUUCACUUGCGUUAAGUUUGUUGAGAGGGUCAGUCGGGAACAUCCUAACUACAUUGUCUUCACUGAGAGGCCUUGCGGAUGCUGCUCCUUCGUGGGUAAACGAGGUAAUGGACCGCAAGCCAUUAGUAUCGGAAAGAAUUGCGAUAAAUUCGGUAUCGUAGUUCAUGAAUUAGGUCAUGUAGUUGGGUUCUGGCACGAGCACACGCGACCAGACCGCGAUCGUCACGUACAGAUCAUUAGGGAUAACAUCAUGGCCGGUCAAGAGUACAAUUUCAACAAAUUGACAAACGAAGAAGUGGACUCGCUCGGCUUACCAUACGACUACGACUCAAUAAUGCACUACGCAAAGAAUACAUUUUCAAAGGGAACGUAUCUUGAUACAAUAUUACCAAUCGAGAACACCGGAAAAAAACGACCGGAAAUUGGUCAAAGGAUACGACUUAGCGAGGGAGAUAUUGCACAAACGAAUCUUCUGUACAAAUGCCCAAAAUGUGGGAGAACUUUUCAAGAUAAUAGUGGUACAUUUGGAUCAUCAACUCACCCUAAUAGCUCGCCCUCGGUGGAGGGCGAGCGUUGUGAAUGGCGCAUUACUGCGACACAUGGAGAACGAAUAGUACUGAAUAUAACAUCGCUGGAUAUUUACAAGAGCGAUUACUGUAAAGCUGAUUAUUUGGAAAUACGUGAUGGUUACUGGCACAAAAGCCCUGUUUUGGGUCGUUUUUGUGGAAGCGGUAAAAUCCACGAGCCGAUAAUUUCAAGCGGGAGCCGCAUGCUAGUAACUUACGUGCGAACAAGUCUCGAGAACGGUUACCGUGGUUUCGGGGCAAAUUAUGAAGCAGUUUGCGGCGGUAACGUUACUUUGGAGACUGUUGGACACUUGGAGUCACCAAACUACCCAGAGGAAUAUCAAUCGAGUAAGGAAUGCGUGUGGCGACUGACAGUACCCCAGGACUACCAAGUUGCCUUAAAGUUUCAAUCAUUCGAAAUAGAGAAUCACGACAAUUGCGUUUAUGACUACGUCGAAGUUAGAGACGGGCACACUUCCGAUUCCCCGCUCAUUGGACUUUAUUGUGGAUACAAAGCCCCACCGGAUCUUCGUUCCACCGGUAACAAACUUUUUGUUAAGUUCGUUAGCGAUGGCUCUGUACAAAAGGCUGGAUUUUCUGCCACUGUCAUGAAAGAAUUCGAUGAAUGCGCGAUGACCGAUCACGGAUGCGAGCACGAAUGCCUUAAUACCUUAGGUGGAUACGAAUGUUCCUGUAAAAUCGGGUACGAGUUGCACUCAGACGGAAAACAUUGUGAAGACGCUUGCGGGGGAGUUUUUGACGCUAGCAAUGGAACAAUAACCAGCCCUUCUUUUCCUGAGACCUACCCGGGCAACAAAAAUUGUAUUUGGGAAAUAAUAGCGCCCUUACACUACAGAAUAACUCUAAACUUCACUCACUUUGACUUAGAGGGGAACAGAAUGUACCAGCAGGAGUGCGACUACGAUUUUGUAGAAGUCUCCAGCAAAUUAGGGGACGAUAUUCUAAAGAAGCACGGAAUUUUCUGCGGCUCCAAGAUCCCUACGCCGAUUAUUUCCGAAGGCAAUGCCAUGAGAAUCGCCUUUACGUCUGACAAAAACAUACAAAAAUCUGGGUUCGCGGCUGUCUUUUUUACCGACAUGGACGAGUGUGCUAACAAUAAUGGCGGGUGUCAGCACGAGUGCCACAAUACUAUUGGCUCGUAUGAGUGCUCUUGCCACAAUGGGUUCAAGCUCCAGGACAACGGGCAUGAUUGCAAAGAAGGAGGGUGCAAGUACGAGAUCUUGAGUCCUGUUGGGACAAUAACUUCCCCGAAUUACCCGGAUUAUUAUCCCUCGAGAAGAGACUGCGUUUGGCAUUUCACGACGACUCCUGGUCAUCGAAUUAAAUUGAUCUUCAAGGUCUUCGAAAUGGAAUCCCAUCAAGAGUGUGCCUACGAUUACAUCGCCAUCUACGACGGUGACUCACCAGACAGUCACACCCUUGGGAGAUUUUGUGGAACUAAAAUACCUCAUCCAAUAAUUGCAACGAGUAAUCAAAUGUUUAUGGUCUUCAAAAGUGAUAUGUCAGUACAAAGAAAAGGAUUUUUAGCUUCUCAUACAACAGCAUGCGGAGGCCACCUGAUGGCGACAAGUGAAGUUAAAUAUAUAUACUCUCACGUGAGAUACGGAACUCACAACUACGAUCAUCGCACAGACUGCGAUUGGACUAUUGAAGCGCCGAUUGGAAAAAAUGUACACUUAUCAUUUUUGUCAUUUCAAUUGGAGUACGAAGAAGAUUGCGCUUAUGAUUUUGUCGAAAUUUACUCUGGAUUAGACGCUUCCAGUCCCAGUUAUGGAAAAUUUUGUGACUCAAAUAUUACGGAGAUAGUGUCGAUGAACGAAGCUCUGUUGAUAAGAUUCCGUUCGGACGACACUGUGUCAAACAAAGGAUUUUCAGCGGCCUACGUGGCACGAAGAAUAAUUAAGCUUGGGAUGAAAAUUUGGGAAGAGUCAACUUGCGUUGAAUUCGUCGAAAGAAAUCCUCAAGUAGAUUCUGAUUAUGUUGCGAUAAUUAAAUUGGACUGCGGUUGCUGUUACAUCGAAAACGAUCCUAGAAACAAGGGCCGCUCCGAACUAAGCUUAAAUGAUGGCUGCUAUGAAAUUCCGAUAAUUCUCCACGAACUGGGACACGUUUUAGGGCUUCACCACGAGCAUGAGCACCCAGAUCGCGAUCAGUACGUCUUCAUCAAUAAGUAUAACAUUGAGCGAGGCAGCCCCUAUGAUUACCGGUCUGUGAUGCAUUAUCCGGAAGACGCAUUCGCGCUUACUGAUUAUUUAAAAACAAUAGUCCCAAUACGACACAUAAAUGGAACAAGACCAAAAAUCGGUAACCAAGUAAGACUUAGUGACGGUGAUAUAUCGGCUACGAAUAAACUAUAUCAAUGUUUUGGAUCUAUAACAUCUCCGAAAUUAAUGAAUGACAGUCAAAACAUCUUAAAUUAUGACUGGAAAAUUCCGGUCUCGAGUGGAGGCAAAGUAGCUUUAAAAAUUCUAUCGUUGAACAUUCCGAAAAGCCCUGGUUGCAUGACAGAUUAUCUUGAAGUUCGAAAAGGUUUUUCAGAGAGAGGCAGCAAUCUUUUAGGCAACAUUCAUUUCUCGCCGCUAAUUUUGAUUCCUUCUCCAGCUCGGUACUGUGGAAAUUACACUAAUCUUCUGCUGAUUAACGAAGACAUGUUAGUGAAAUACGUAAGAACACAAAGACCAAAUGAAGAUGAGGGCUUCCGAGCGAUCUAUCGCAAGAUUUGUCGCGGUGAGAAGUUUAUUAUGAGCAUCAACGAUGCUAUUACCAUCCAGUCACCAAAUUAUCCGAGAGAUUAUCAACCGAACAAUCGCGAUGACUAUGUUAAAGUCAACUUUGACAACAUGAUGGACGAUAAGAUAAGAGUACUUGGUAGAUCAUCUACUUCUUGCACGACCGACACUGUUAUGAUUUUAUUGUUAAAUAUUACAGACGAUAAGACUUCAUUUAUAAAAUUAAAUUCAACAGCAGUUGAUACUUUAGAUCAACCUUAUAAUUACUUUUCAAUUAUGCACUAUCCUGCAUUUGCAAGUUCAAAGCAUCCAAGCAAGCAGACUAUUGUUCCCCUGUGA